AUGGCGGCUGCACCAGCACGAUUACGUCGUGCCAGUGAUGGCGCACCAAUGAGGGUGUCAGAAAAUUUUUCAGGACGUCAGUGGCUGGACAGGGCCAACUUCAAUGGUGGGGUUGCCUCAACACCCACGGAGCACACGACACCAGGGCCGUUAAUUCCGCCGUGGAUGCAGCGACUGGCCCGGGAGCCUGGACGAGGGUUCGCAAUUUGCUAUUUUUUGUCUGAAUGUCAGUGGAGGGAUGUCAUUGCCGAGCGAGCCCAUUUGGGCGUCUCCUCCGAGCACUCAUAA